UGCUAGAUUCAGGCCGCGUCUUCGUCAAAAGGCUGAUUGUCUCUCAACCAGGCUUCGCAAGGGCAGAGCAGCAGGGGCAGAUCCAGGCAAUGGAGACUCACCACCACUCCGUCGCCGACGGGCGCGACGUCGACGGCCCAGCCUCGUGGACAGCAAUUCGCCACCGGCUGUCCCGGGAUUUCAUACUGAGGCACGAGGAGGCGCGGGUGCGAGCCGCGGAGGCCCAGGCCGCCCUAAACGGGGACCACUGGGAGUGGGACGACGACGGCUCGUAUGUCGUCAUCGAUCCGGCCUCCAUGAAGGCCAUGGUGGCCAUGGAGACGCCGAAGGUGGGCGAGACGAGGGAGCAGGGCUGCGCGGUGUGCCUCGAGGGUUUCGUGACAGGCGGCAAGAAGCUGAGGAUGAUGCCCUGCUCCCACUCCUUCCACCAGAGAUGCAUCUUCGACCUGCUCCUCCGUAGCCGGUUCUGCCCGGUCUGCCGAUUCGAGAUGCCUCCCCUGUCCGCCGACGAGCCGGAGCCGGUGGCUGAGAACGCCGCUACGACAUCUGAACAAGUUGGCAGCAACUGAACUGGAGAAUGCCCAUCCACUGAGAAUACAGAAUGAUGGGGACAAAGACAAUCUCCUGGUUGGAAGGUGAAGUCUGCGGAUGCUGGAGUGACUGUGUUGCUGAUGGUCACCUUGUUGACAUGCUGUUGCACCAAUGAUAGUUAGUUUCUUAUUCUGAUAGUGUUGUUGAUUCACCUGGUACCCAUCUAGGGUUGUGCACUGUCAGGGAGAACACUAUCACCAUCAAUCUGCCUUCAUUAUAUAGCUAUAUGAAAGGGACUGAUCCCACUUUGAAUCCCUUGAUAAACUGGAGAGUAGACUUGUAACUUGUUGCUGUAUAUAUUUUAAUAGAAGGCAGAAAAAUGUACGUGUGUCA